UGCGGGCAUGUUUUUCCACGGCUCUUUGAUCGGAGCUAAAUGCGAAGUUUGUCAAACUAAUGAGCCGAUUCAGCCGCGUCAGGAUCAUUUACCGUGGAAGGACGAGGGAUCGCGCUUUAAUAAUUGCGCAGCAAUCAUGUAUAAAGCCUUGGCCGCAGAGAUGAUGAACGCACGCCGUCCGAAAAGGUGUUUCGGAAGGCGACCGACAAAACCAGAUUGGUCUUUUCCUCUUUUUCGACGGAUCGGAUCGCGGCCUUCCUAAGAUGGCCAGUGACCGUAAAUGCAGACGUGCAAGUGCGAACGCCGAGGUCGUCUGUAGGAACGAUUGCAGGAAGCACCGAUUACUUAGUACGGCCGCAGCAAGGCGUACCAGCAUGAAUCACUUCGACCAGCCUCUACUUACGUACACCGAUCGCGUUUAUAUUCGGAUCUCUCGCUCGCCGUUUCUGUCUCUCCCUUUCCUCGCUCGCCAAUUAUUUUAAUCAGCGGAAGACGGCUUAAGUAUAAUUUUCACCGAAUAAAUGCUGAUCGAUCCUCACCCUGACUCUUUAAUUUCAAAUCGCCUAAUUGGAUCGGUACUUUGGAAAUGGAUCGAGCCAAUGAUAGAGUCGGGGGUGACGACCAAGGCGUGACUGCUCAAUAUAAUCGUGGCCCUUUAAUAAUAUUCAAGAAUCUAUUUUUAAACGUGACUAGAGGUAUGCGUAUGCAUACGGUGACGCAAUCUUAUGGUCUUUCCCCUAUAUUACCCACUCUCCCGUUCUUCCUCUCUAGCCCUUUCACUCUUACUCUUUCGCGACUCUUCCCCUAUCACUCUUUCUCCUUUGUUCGUUUGAUUAUUCUCGUUGUUCCACGUCCUCCAACGCGCUCUCACAAUUUCAUACGGGGCGGGAAAUUUUUCGAACGGUGGUCGAUCCCAUCAUUUUUUAGUCACCGAACGUUCUCGCUGGAAAUCGUGAGACGUGGAAUACGCGGAUUUUUAUGAGAUACGCGAUACUCCUUUCUGCUUGGAGACUACGCGCUGUUAGUCAUACGAGAAUAUUUAUGUGACACGCAUAGGAAAGAGCGCGAUACGUCGAUUCUCAACCUAGACCUCGUUUCAGCUUCGAUUCACGCCGAGAGGUUUCAAUAUUUAUCCCCAAACUCGAUUCAGAUUUUAUGCACUUCUGUGCAAACAAGCUGAAAUGUAUAGAACGUUAAAACCCUGUUCGACACGCAGCGAUUAGGAUUUCAUUUUUCAAAUUGAGUUUUAUUUUACACAAAGUCUAAUCGUAUCUGUUACGUUCUGUACGUUUGCAUUUUUCUGACACGGCGCUAUAUCGAUUCUAAAUAACGAUUCGGAGCGAAGCGUUUCCCAAAUGCGAUCGAAAUGGAUUCCCACGUUGGGCUCGACUACAUCGUGGACAAUCCCGAUUACUGCGAGAAGCUCGCCUCGGCGUUGGACACCGCGUGUCCCUCGGUGAAGAAACAAGUGACGGAACUGCUCUCGGCGCUGUGCGUCUACAGCCAGGAUGGAAGGCAGCGGGCCAUCGACGCUCUUCACGCGUAUCAGAAAAGGAAAGGUGAACGGUACCGGUUGCAAGUCGUGGUGGACGAGCUGCAGAACGCAGCCACCGAAGAUUACAAGACCGCGCUAUUGGCCUUCAUAAACUGUCUGGUCAUCUCGACGCCGGUACUGAAGGAUCGGAUAAGGCUUCGCAACGAGUUCAUCGGGUUGAAGCUCCUAACGAUUCUGAACGAGCUGCGGAAGAGCCAUGCGCCGGACUUGAGGGUGCAACUCGACGUCUUUGACGAUCAGCGAGAAGCCGACGAAGAACUGUCGAAUCACGGACCGCCAGGGAUCGAUCUCUCGUCACACGUGGACGUAUUUUACGCGAUUCUCGGACAAGUCGCAGAUACUCCGCAAGAAAUACCGUUCUUGAGUAUUCUUCAACAUCUGCUGCGGUUGGAUCCCAAAGAUCCUGCUAGCGAUCUGGCAUGGGACACGGCGGAGACGUUAGUACAUAGAGCCACGCUGCUGGAGAACCGGGAAGACGCUACCAAACUGCUGCGCUCGCCUAGUCUUCAAACGAACCUUUGCUGCCAUUGUCGAGGCAACGACCAGACGUGCGGGCCGUCGCGAAAGGGUUCGUUGGCGGUGAGCAACUCGUCGCCACCCCAGCCGCCUUUGCCACCCCCGCCACCGCCUCCAGCACCCGUUGGUCCGUCCUCCCCGAGUUCAUCUAGCCAAGGCCGCGUUCUACCGCCGCCUCCACCUCCGCCGCUGUUCACCGCCAACGCGACGCACUCUGAUGCAUCGAUGGAACUGCCGCCCAUCCCGCCGCCGUUGCACGCGCUGCCGGUUGCUCGGGUGCCUACCCCCGAGCCCCAGAACAAUCAUGCCAAGCUGCUGCCGCAGCAGGAGAUACCCACCCCCAAGACGAAGAUGAAGACUAUCAAUUGGAACAAGAUACCUAAUCACAAAGUGAUUGGAAAAAGGAACAUCUGGUCUUUAGUCGCGAACGAACACCAGAAUUCACCUAUGGCUGACAUAGAUUGGGCAGAGAUGGAAGGGUUGUUCUGCCAACAAGUACCACCGGUGUUACCUGCUGCCUCGUGUUCCUCCUACGGUGGAAAUUCUGAUGCCGAGAGACGACGUCGCGAACAUACCGAGAUCGCACUUCUCGAUGGAAAGAGAAGUUUAAACGUGAACAUAUUUUUAAAACAGUUCCGCAGUUCGAACGAGGACAUAAUUCGAUUAAUAAAAGACGGGAGUCACGACGAGAUCGGCGCGGAGAAACUUCGCGGUCUCUUAAAAAUUCUACCGGAAGUAGACGAACUGGAGAUGCUGAAGAGUUUCGAUGGUGACAAGUCGAAACUUGGUAACGCCGAGAAAUUCUUCCUUCAGCUCGUCCAAGUACCGAAUUACAAAUUGCGUAUAGAAUGUAUGCUACUGAAGGAAGAGUUUGCUGCUAACAUGGGUUAUUUAGAACCGAGCAUCAAUUCGAUGAUUCUAGCCGGCGAGGAUCUAAUGACGAACAAACCGCUUCAGGAAGUACUAUACAUGGUUCUGGUCGCUGGAAAUUUUCUCAACUCGGGUGGUUAUGCUGGAAAUGCUGCCGGAGUGAAGCUAUCCUCCUUACAAAAGUUGACUGAGAUACGAGCAAAUAAGCCAGGAAUGAAUCUCAUCCAUUACGUAGCAUUGCAAGCUGAGAGGAAGAGGAAAGAUUUGUUAGACUUCGCGAAGAGUAUGACUGCUCUGGAGGCUGCUACGAAAACUACCACGGAACAGUUGAAUAACGAGUUUAACGCGCUCGAUACGAAGAUAAAGAAGAUCAAAGCACAGAUUAAUUUAUCCUCGACGGAGGCCGACAUACAAGAACAAAUGGCACAGUUUUUACAGAUGGCGGAGCAAGAGAUGAGUCAAUUGAAGAGGGAUAUGGAAGAACUGGAAACCCUCAGGCGGUCACUGGCUGAGUUUUUCUGCGAGGACAGUAACACGUUUAAGAUCGAGGAGUGUUUCAAGGUGUUCCACCAAUUUUGUCAGAAGUUUAAUCAAGCCGUCGCUGAGAACGAGAGACGUAGAAUUCAAGAGGAGCAAGUGUUGGCCAGGCGCAAGCAACGGGAGGAGCAGCUUUUGGCUAAGAAACGAUUAUUGACCAACGCCGAGCCGACCUCUGAAUCCGAAUGCAAUUUGAUCGACUACGAUCCCUUCGACCUCGCCGGCAGUUUACCUCACAGAAGUUAUAGUCGCGGCGACGUUAAGAUGAGAAGAGUGCAAAACGGAGGUGUCACUUCCGACGAGGACGUCUCGAUAACGGGCUCGCCGAGCAUACGACGACGUUUGGGCUCCUGCUCCGGUGGACUCGCCGAUCAGCAAUCUACCAAAGAAGAAACAUAUUCGCCAGAUGUUACGCCGAACGGUACUCUUCGUCGCCGAAGGAGUAGGAUACCUUGCGAGGGCGACGACGGUAAUCUAAUGGACUUCUUAAGGACGUCGGGACAAGAUGGCUCUCGUGAAAGGAAAUCGUGGGGCAGUUUAGAUCGUUCGUGGGCGAGAAGAGCUCGUGGCCAGUCUCGUAGAAGCGAUCUUUUGAACGCAGAUUUCUCGGGUGAUCGCGAAAGACCGAGUUCACCAUCGCCUCUAAUCGAGAGCAAACCCUUUUUACAGGAGGAAGAAACGAAACCUGCAGGGAAAGCGUGGAGGCAGAAGAUCGAGGCAUGGCUGUCGGAGAACGAGAAGGAAGACCGUGCCGGUGAAGAACUGCAGAGGAAAGCGAGGCAGUUACGCAACGUGAAUCGACGAUCCUUCGAAGAUUCAGAAAGCGAAGGAAAAACGAAUACCCACACCGAAAGUGGCUCGACGUAUCCUGAGGUUUACGAUUGGCGUCCGUCAGUCGAAAAGACGGACGUCAUGCGUACAAUGGAAGCCAUCGAAGAAGCUGAAACGCAUCCGUCGCAGAAAGACAAGUCCCCGUGGCGGAAGUCCAGCUUAAACGUGCCAAAUAGUAUGGAGGAGACUGACCCACGUUACUCGCGUAGACUAAGGUCGAGGCUCAGCGCAGACAAUAUUCUAAAUUCGAGUACCUUGCAGUCCAUCAAAGAGGAGGAGAGGAAGAAGAACAAGAUGAACGACAACGGUAGCACCGGUCAAGACGAGCUGACGAUUUAUCUGCGACAACCUUACAACAAUCCUCAGCCCUCCGGAUCGCGGAGAUUUUCGAAACUGAAGAGGGACAGCGACGAAAAGAUCAUCGACAAGAUUGAAAUCGAUUCUGACAAUAUUGAGACGCCACCGGCGACCAGGAAGCUGUUCAGUCCACCGAGGGAGGUGAAGCCGGUCGAGAAGGAACCGUGCAAACGGGAGCGUUGCAACGGUUCCUUCCAGAGCAGAGAUUUCAAGAAUUCGAUGGCAAAACAUUCGAACAGCAGCACGGACCUCGGGACAAGCAAUUUCGAUCGCUACUCAGCGGCGAGACGAACGCGAAGAUACAAGAAGAACCAAGAGUCAUCAGAGAAGGAAGCGAAACAGGAAGCAGCCUUCGACUCUUCGUUUGAGGAGAAGCCAGCCGAGAGACCGCAUACUCUCGCACUCUCGUCGGAAGACAGACGGAACGAAGACCCGAUGCUAUCCGUCUGGCAAGAGAAAUUGAAACGCAGGGAAUCGAGCUCGUUCGAUAUCGACACGGCCGUAGCAGAGAUCACUCGAUCCGGAGAGGAUCUCCAAAGACUCUCGCGGCCAUUGGCGCACCGGAAUUCGAGGUUGCCCGUCAGUCAACCUUCAGCAGUGGUCGCAGUGACGAACACCGUUCUCAGUCCUGUGAUGCAGGAAUCUCGGCCUCGCGAACCGUCGCUGACGGUGCUCGAGAGAGCCGUGACGAGUCGCGAACGACAGAGGAGCAUGAUCGAUCCUAGUCAAGUGAAGGAAGCGAUUCGAUUGACGAGCAAUCCACCGAGUCAGGUGAACGACGAUCAAAGGGAACCCUUGAGUCCUCGAGCUCGGACGUCGAGGCAAAACGAAUCCUUCGAUCUGGUUGACUCGAAUCAAAAGGCAAACGCACUUAAUCAGAUGAGAGAUCACGACAAGAAUCGAAUUAAAGUUCAGGAUGAUAGUUCGUUUCAUCCUAAGUUCGAUACUUCCGGUACUACUCUGUUACCACAUUCGUUAGGUAAAGUCCGUGAGCAAGAGAUGAACGACGAAGGUUUCGAGGAGACGCAGAGCUUAGUUUCGGAGACUCUGAGUCAAGAAACGUCGUCCGGGAAUUAUGAAACCGAUACUCACGACUCGACGCGAUGUUCACCGGCCGAACUGCGUUACACGGGAACGGAGAAUCGUCCUGUCGAGGAUAGGAAAAUCGAGAACCCAUUGAAAUCGUCUUCCUCUUCGUCAUCGACUCCGUCGACAAUCAAAGCGUUCGAAAAACGGGCGAACUCUAUGAAACGCGUCGGUGAGAAGUCCAGUUUUCUACCGAAGCGAAUGAACAGCGUGAAGAGGGACGUUGCUGUGAGGAAAACGGAAUCGACGCAGAGGAAUUUGAAUCCGUUGAGCAACAAUCAAAAUAGGAACGAGGUGGAACGUUCCGGGUCAAGAAGCAGCCUUCGGAGUUCGAGGAGCUCGCUGAACAGUGCCACGUCUGUGAACACCGUUCGAAAUUUGGUUCCGAGUCACACGCAUUUGCGUACGUAUACGUCCGCGAUUUGUGCGCUGACCAACGACUUGCGAAAGAGUUUGUCGCACAGUCCGUUGCCGCCAAAGAGUAACGAGAAACGUAGGACGAAUCCGAGAACGACCGUUAGCAGGAUACCUGCGAGCAGAAGCAGUAGUAGUGGAAGCAGCGUGGGACCAGCGAGGACCGUUCGCAAAUCCAUUGGGUCGACCACCGAUGCACAGAAAGGAAUUAAAGCUCGGGGAAUCGCGUCGCGCAGCAGCAGCAGCGGGAGCAGCGCGGGACCGCAAUCGUCAUUGAUGAAUCGUCCGAACAUCGAAAAAGUGCCAUCCUCAACUAUGAAAAGUAAGUUGAGUCAUCCGAGAGCCGGGACCAGGAAUCACAGUUUCAUGCGACCAACGGCGGCCAGUGUGAACAAGGGUUCCAUCCCUAAUCUACCCAGGAGCAUCAAAAGUUUGGUCAAGUAA